AUGGAUUCUGAGGAGGAAAAUUAUAAUAAUGAUAGUCUGUGUUAUUAUACUAAACUUUCAGAUAUAUUUAAAAAAUAUAAUAUUUAUGGUGAAGUUAUCCAAAACACGGAUGAUUUUAUAUUUAUUGAAGAAGUUGGACAUGGUUCCUAUGGAGAAGUUUAUAAGGUUGAAAAAAAAAUAAAUAAAAAAAUAAGUGUUUUAAAAGAAAUAUAUGCAUUUAAUACUGAUAAAAAUAUUGUAAAAUGUUUUAUACGUGAAUUGUUAAUACUCAGAAGUUGUUCACAUCCAAAUAUUAUUAAAAUUAAUGGAUUUGCUCAAAAUUUUUUAGAUGGUACUGUAUAUAUUGAGUAUAAUUAUUAUUCUGAUACUUUACAAGAUUUAAUGUCAAUGGGUAAAGAAAUAAAUGAAGAAACAAUAAAAUUAUUUAUAUAUCAAUUAUUUGAUGCAUUAUCAUACAUCCAUUCCAAAGGAAUAUUUCAUAGAGAUGUUACACCAUCAAAUAUUCUUUUAUCAUCUUCUGAUAAACUUAUUCUUACCGAUUUUAAUAUGUCUAAAUAUAUUAACUCUAUUCAAAAUGAUAUAGAAUGUCAUACUCCUUGUCUUACUACUCUUCAAUAUAGAGCUCCAGAAAUUUUACUUGAUAUUCCUGAUUACAAUGAAAGUAUAGAUAUAUGGGCUGUUGGGUGUAUAUUAGUUGAAAUGAUUAACGAUGGUGAACCAUUAUUUAAUGGAAAUAGUGAUCUCGAACAACUCAAGAAUAUAUUUAAUAUUAUUGGAUUACCAAAUGAAACUAAUUUACCAGUUGAAAUACAAGAAUUUAAAUCACUUAAAAAAACACUUAAAAGAAUAACUGAUAAUAAUAUUUUGGAUCUUAUGAAUCAAAUAUUUACUUAUAAUUAUAAAAAACGAUUAAAGGCAAUAGAAGGAAAAACACAUCCCUAUCUUUCUAGAUAA